AUGCCCGUUAAAAUGGCUUCUAACAAGAAGGUUUCUGUUUACCCUCGGCCCUUUACACCUCACUGUAGAUGCUAUCGAGUGAACCACCAGUUUGUCUUCUUCCAUUUGGUAACAUCGGUCUCGUUCGCAAUCCAAGCCAACUUGGACAGUAGGACACAAUUUUCCCACUGCUACGCCCCUGCCGUUAGCCUAACCCGUAUCUUUCUGAUAUUCAUGUGGUCUCUCUUGAGGAGUCGUUUCUUAUACAGAAACCAACUUGACGACGCUAACGACCAGCCUUCGCAUCCUAGUCUCGUCUGUUGGCAUCAUGUCUUAUCUGCUCCGGUCCGGUCCGGUCCUCUUUACUGUACACGAGAACUGCUGACAGUGACUUUCGGUACCACUUCUGGCCUCGAAAAUCUAGCUCUACUGGGGCGAACCAGAUGGGAGACAGGGAUUGCAGACACCGAGGAAGCCUCUAUUCCCCUUCUUCCUUCUGCUCCAAGUCUCGGAGCUGAACUAGCGAGCACUGGGCAAACUGAGGUGCUGCGGUGGACCCAUGAUGCGGGGCUGCUCCAUCCUUGUCGUCCCAUUCGUCUACUUCACACACAUAUCACCUGCAUAGCCUGCCUGGAUCACUUGGGCGGAAGGAAGCAGCUGACGAUUUUAUUUAGCCACCAUCUCGUUUGUCAAUGA